UCCUAUUUCGACCUCUUGCCUAUGACGAUAAAAAUAUAGUAAUACUCGUCUUCCUCCUUUAUAGAUACGGGUGUGCAGUUUUACCAGGACCUGAUGGCGUUAUGUCGGAAUAACAAAAACCUUGUGGACGAAGCUUGUGUCCGGAUCCAGUUCGGGAGCAUGCUCACAAAUGUCAAGGGAACAACAUCGCUAGCCGAAAAAAACUAUUUCAUCGCUUUAGACGUUUUGAAUGAAGUCUCCCAGAGCAGCCCAUCAGGACAAACAGGUGAUAAAGUCGUACGUAGGUCAUUGGCGUUGGUCUAUCAGAGGAUCGGAUGGAACGUAGGCAGUCAGGGACGAUGGCAGGAAGCCCUGGUGUACCUGGACAAAGCUUUCCACCUGGAGCAGGAAUUACAUAUGUAUUACGAGGAACUUGCCAUAUCAACUAUUCAAUCUUUAUCUGUAUUUAACACCUUUCUGGGUAAUCUGGAACUUGGAUUGAAAUUUAACAAGGAAGCAUUUAGAAGAAGAACUGCCUUUUAUGGGACGGAGGAACAUCCAAAUGUGGCGACACUUGUCAACAACCUAGGGCUCAUCUAUCGUAGACUAGGUCAGAAGGACACGUGUCUGGAGUGCUUUAUGAACGGAUUACGUCUGAAGCGUAAAACAAAGGCUACAGCUAAGUCUAUUGCAAUAUCCUUGGAGAACGUAGCACUGGCUUUUACUGACAAAGGCGACCACGACCAGGCACUCAAUUAUUUAAAAGAAGCAUAUGAUUUGCUAGAUAAGACUCCAAAUCUUUACAGGGACAAUAGGGCAUAUGCGUAUUCCAUUGAAAGUGAGGUUUUACAAAAACAAGCCCGACACGCUGAAGCCAUAUCAAGACUUAAAAAAGCAGUGAACAUCAUUGUUCGUGAGGCCCCUGAUGAAAUCUUUACAAGCAAACUGUAUUUUGAAAUAGCGAAUUCCUAUUUCGCACUGGAGAACUACCCAAAAGCUAUAGCUUUUUGUAACAAUGUGUUCAAUUCAAAACAUGUACUUCUAAGGGAGGCUCCGACAUGUGACCGUCUGUUCCAGUCUUGCAAGACCGCCAUACAUUGUCAUACCAAACUAGGAGACGACAUAAACAGACGGAAAUGGUACGAUGAAGCAACAAGGGAGGCAACUCGCCUCAUACAAAUCUUCAGGAGUUACGGAAAAGACGAAAAAGUUUCAAUAAUUACGAACGAACUUCGGUCACUUCAGAAGCGAUUUGAAAGUGACGUAGAAAGUAACUAAACUGACGCCAGUGACAGAUUGUUCAUUUAUAAUGAAACAUCUACUCUUACCUAGGAAAAGCAUCUGAAGACCUUAUUUGAUGCAUGUUUGUGUCAAAUAAAGAAAAUUAUUUCUACCACAAUCACUACAGAUUUCCUUUCACACGAUUCAUUGGAUAAACCUCGCUAGACAUGAUUUCAUUGGUUAAUCGUUUAAUUGUUACGUCAUGUAGCAAUGCUUUGCGACUUCAUCUAUCUUCUAUUGUGACGUCAUGACUCAUGGCGAUUGUUUUCCCAUCGGAAACAGACAGGGAACCUUUGAUUUUCCAGAUAAGAAAUGGGCGUAAUUUGGAAAGAAAGAAGUAGGGUGAAACUUCGUAGUGAAAAAUAAGGUACGAUGAAACAUCAGAAAUAUAAGGGGAAACAAAUUUAGGAAGAAAUGUUGGAAAGACAGAUGUAAGAUGAAAUACUGUUAAUGAGAAGUAUGGAGUAUGCAAGACCACCCACGUGAGGAAAAAAUAUUGUACGGGAAGAUGAAUACUGGGCAGCUUAACCCAUACAUAUACCUUUGGCAUUAUGAGAAAAAAAAAAAUAAUCGGAAAAGCCUACUCGAGUUAGAUAAAUUUAGGUCUGAGAAUGACAUUUUAGUGUGAGUUGUAUUUGUAGAGAUAUUUAUGUAUGUAAAGAAUAUAAGCCGAAAACUGUCUAUUCUGUAAAAUAUUGGACAGUCUGAGGCUUAUAUCUUACUAAAACACACACCCUCUUUGUGUUAAUAUUGGACAAUUUCAAUAUCUGUUCAGUAUGUGCAAUCAACCACGAAGGCUAUUGAUACAAUAAAGGAUAGUGGUGUCCUUUAGCAUACUUUGCAUGCUUUUGUACAAGUGCAUGCAUUACAGGUAUGUGAAAUAUGCCCGAGUAGAAUUUAGUUUCAUUUGAAUAAUGUCAUCCAACAUUGAAGGUGCGUUCCCAACACAGUCCCUGUGCAGUACAUUUUGAGCAUCAGCAUUCAGUAUUGAAAUGGAUUAAAUUCAAAUAAUGUGAUUGAUUUAUUGAAGAAAGUGAUUACAGUAUAUUUCUGGGAUUAUAUAUGUGAGAGAAUGAAAUGAAAGAAAUAAACCACACAAUUAAAGUGAGAAAAUUCAAGAUUUUAACACCACCUCCAAAAUAUUUUCAUCAAAGAUAUAUCACAGCUAUAUAUCUGGGAUUAUACACGGAUAUCUCAAGAAAGAAUGAAAUUUUGUGCACAUAAAUUGUGGAAAAAACGCAAGAUUUCAACUGCCCUCAACUCCAAAGUGUUAUUUCCAAAAUUACAAAUUCAAAUGAAAUUACAAUUAAUGCUGGAAAUGUGUUUCUUAGUAAAGUGUUUGGAUAGGUAUGCAUCUAUAUGGAUGUUUCAUGGAAAAAAAGUGUUCCGUGAUUCAAACCUUCUUUCAAGGAAAAAAUAUAGCGCAUGGGAAAUCUGACUAUGGGAAUAUAAAUACCGGAUAUACUUUUCACAUUUAUUUUGUUACUAUGUUUUCCAUUGUAUAGCAUAAGUAUGUGCUCAUUCAAAAGCUUACCAUGAUCUGUCCAAUAUGUUACAUGUAGCCGUCCAAUGAGUUACCUGUAGCUGUCCAAUAAAUGGAUUCUUUUGUGUACUUAUUGGACAGCUACAGGUAACUUAUUGGACUGCUACAGAUGAUGCCUAUGAAUUCUGUUGAUCAUAGUACGCAAAUAACAAUGGAUGACAUCACAGCUGUGUUUUAAUGCCAGUUGUUAUUGUAAACACUUGUACAUUAAUUAAGUAAUUUAGAAACAAAUGUCAAAAUGGACAUAUUUGUAUACUGUAUUUGACGUGAGCAUUGUAGUAAAUCAAUUAUAUAAUUAUAUUCAAAUAUUGAAAAUUGUUCUUGAGUGGUACAGCUUCCGCUUUAUGCCUACCACUAAGUAGAAAACGAUAAUGCUAGACAAUAGGAUCCAAGGUCUUUAUACACUUAGAUCAGUUUUCGACAUGAUAUCUUCUUUAUCGUCUUUUGCCUUUUUCGGAGUAGAAAAAAGUAAAUGAAUGCAUUUCUUCAGUUUGCUAUUAGGUAUGGUAGUGUAUGGAAUAGAAAAGUCAAAUGAUCUGACAUCAGAAAUUUGAGAGAAAAAAAUCCAGAUGGUUCAACAUACCUUUUGAGUUUUUAAAAAAUCCUCAUUCUAUCAAUUUAAUUAUUUAAAUUGUAUUAAGAAAGGUUGCAAGCUGUUAAUAGCGAUAAAACAUGUUAGUAGGGAAUCUCGUGAAAUGUCGCAUUGCCAUACAUCCGAAAGAGGUCCGUAUAAUCAUUAUUUAACAAGCAUUUAGAGUGAGCAAUGCAGAAGCGUUGGAAAUUUGAAAAAAAUAAUGAUCUUGAAAAUCAAAAUAUUGAAAAAUGAUUUUGUAGGAUUUCAUUUGUUUUCAAGCAAGAUAAAUAACCACAUACCUAUCACUAUCAGGGUAAAUAAUUGAGCUUGUUUUGGUUUUAUUUGGAAUGCAAGCUACUAACUAUCGGAAUGCUUAGAUUUCCAUAAAAUCAAUUCUACAUAGUUGCAUAACCAUUAUAAAAAAGUUUCAACGAGUUUUGAAAGUUAAUUUCAAAAGUGUGGAGUCUCCUUAAGAAUUUGAAUGUGAAUUUGACUACAUACUGGAAUUGAUUGGAGUUAUUUGUACCAGAAUAACAUCAACAUGUCUCAACAGUGCCGAGUAGUAUUAUGGAAUGUUCCUAUAAAUGUUUACAAUAAGGGGUAUUGGUAUGGUGUUCAAUUGUCUUGAAAGUUUUCAAACAAAACGUUUAUAAUGUAAAGUGUUAAAGUAGAAUGUCCCACCUUCCUUUCUAUUGUAUACAGGCAUUGACAAGUUAGUCCUGUUAGUGCUGUUGUUGUUUUCUCUAUAUCCGUACAAAGACAACCAUAGACUGCAAGCCUUUUCAGGGAGCGAAAACAUUUUAAAUUAUUCGCAAUUAGGAUGUAGAAAGUAUCAUGAAAGAUAUUUCAUGACCAGAGGUGCAGCUGAUAAAAUCCAGCUUGAUAACUAAGAGGUGGAGGUAUCCUUGUGGUGGAGAUGUUUUGGUGUAAGGGAAGUUAUCAUAUAAGUAUUCCUUUAGUGUAUAACUCUUUGCUGUAGUUAAAGGACAAUCAUCUGCAAGUCAGGAAAUCGCUGAAAAAAUAGGAACUUUUCUUCGUAGGAACACAGAUCGCUGAAAAUCUCUGUCUUAAUGAAGUAACAAUGGAAAUGAAUCAUUAUGAUUUUGUAAUAAACAUAUCACUGAAAUACAUUGAAAGUUGAAUAUUUAUCAAAAUUGUGAGCAAAAAUUAAAAAACCCAUUAUAAUAGAAAUAGAUUAAUAUAAAAGACUUUAUGUUUAUUAAUGAAGCUACAACAAUAGGAGAAAGGUGAAAUAAUAAACAAACAUGUGUUACCAAAUAAACAAACAUGUGUUAGCAAAUAA